UUCUCCCGCGCUCCUCCUCCGUUCGUUCACUCUCCGGCGAAGAUGGCGGACGGCGAAAAUAAACGGGCCGACGCCGCCGAGCCGCUUCUGAAGAGACCGAGACUCCGGGAUCCGCGCGGUGAUUCGGAGCGCGGCAGAACCGAGCCGGUGGAGGCGGAACCGGCGCUGAUGGACGAGUCCCAUCCUCAGGCCUCACUGAACAACAACCUCACCGAACCCGAGCUCUCCGACCUAAUUGACGAAGGUGUCCAUCCCAAUGGUUUCACGUCUCCUGAUCUUCCUCACGAUGAUGAUGACUGCUCGUCUCGCGCCAGCUCCAGUGACUGGACGCCUCAGCCACAGAUUGGCUCGUAUCGGUUCAUUCAGCAGCACAUCAUGAGAGGAACCGACCCGAGGGCCAUUUUGAAAGACCUGCUUCCCGAAACGGACCUCCCGGCGGAUCUCGACGACAUGACGCUGUGGCAGAUCAUCAUCAACAUCUCCGAGCCGCCCAAAAGAAAGAAACGCAAAGACAUCAACACAUUGGAGGACGUCGUGCGGCUCCUGAACGAGAGGAAGAAGAUACUUGUGCUCACUGGCGCCGGGGUGUCUGUUUCUUGUGGCAUUCCUGACUUUCGGUCUAGAGACGGCAUAUACGCUCGACUCGCUGUGGACUUUCCUGACCUUCCUGAUCCUCAAGCCAUGUUUGACAUAGACUACUUUAGAAGAGAUCCAAGGCCUUUUUUCAAAUUUGCCAAGGAAAUCUACCCAGGACAGUUCCAGCCGUCUCCAUGUCACAGGUUCAUAUCAAUGCUGGAUAAGAAGGGAAGGCUACUGAGGAACUACACUCAGAAUAUCGACACACUGGAGCAAGCGGCUGGAAUCCAGAAGAUCAUUCAGUGUCAUGGUUCCUUUGCGACUGCUUCCUGUCUUGUCUGUAAACAUAAGGUUGACUGUGAAGCCAUAAGGGAGGAUAUAUUCAACCAGGUAUGCUUGAGUAUGAAAAAUAAUCCACAAGUAAUCCACCCACCUCCAGUCCAUCAGUUAACAUUCUUUGGCGAGAACCUUCCAGAAUUUUUCCACCGAGCCAUGAAGCAGGAUAAAGAUGAGGUGGAUCUUCUCAUCGUCAUCGGCUCCUCGCUGAAAGUUCGGCCAGUGGCUCUCAUACCCAGCUCCGUACCUCACGACGUGCCUCAAGUCCUGAUCAACCGCGAGCCGCUGCCGCACCUGCACUUCGACGUGGAGCUGCUCGGAGACUGUGACGUCAUCGUGAACGAACUCUGCCAUCGUCUGGGAGGCGACUUCGAGCAGCUGUGCUUCAGCUCGUCCCGUCUCAGCGAGAUCACGGAGAAACCGUCCGCUCGGAGCCCCUCCACACGAGCGUCAGAGGACACUUCACUGUCUCCCGAGAAGGAGGAACCGCAGACAGCAGCCAGAAGAACGAGCCCUCCUCCAGAGCCGUUAGCGGAAACUAACACAGACCAGUUAGACUCCAACCCAAAAGAGCAUUCUCCGAAGACAGCUACAGAAGCACUGGACUCUACUGAUGACGUGAAGGAGGAAGAACCAGCAGAUCGUCACCGUGUUGAAGUGCGGAGACGGUGCUGGAGAAGCCCAAUCUGUCAGAGUCCAAUCAGCAAACGACUCGCAGCCUCGCAGUAUUUAUUUCGAGCACCGAACCGCUACAUUUUCCACGGCGCCGAGGUCUACUCGAGCUCGGAGGACGAGUCGUCCAGUUCCUGCGGCAGUGACAGCGAUGGCUCUCGCUGCAGCGCGGACGCUGUGGAAAAUGAAGACAGCGACGUGGAGGAAGAAAACACAGACGGCCUGGCAGAGACAGUACAGGAGCGCGAACACAAACGCCUUCAAACGGACUGCACCGCAGAAACAGACCCACCACCCACACAAUAACUCGCUAGCACUCGCUGCGUCUCAUGUGCUCAAGUCUGUUUGAUAUAUUUUUGUAUCUCCUCCCUCCUAAACGCCCUGUUAUGUCUUCUAAUGCAUGCAACUUCUUUCUUUUGUUUCACCACCAGUCUUUUUAUAUUUUUGCAUUUUUAGAAUAUACGUUUAAUUCCGGUGAACAUUUCUGCCUGAGAAUUGAACAUGCAUUGAACAUGGAUAAAAAAAAGGGAAUGAUUUUCAAACCAAAGAUCACUUUUUCCGUAUCGUUUUCAUGUUUUUCCACAAGUUUCUUGUUGGAUCUGGUCAAUGUGUUUCGCAUGUGCACCAAACUGUGGCAUUUUGGCAGCCUACUGUUGAAGUCUUUUAUAGCCAGUAAAGUCUGAUAGUCAUCAUGUUUUCCAUUAGUUUUUAUACCUAUAGAAAGACAUUAUUUACAUGCAUUCACACUCUUGUGAUUCCUGUCCUCAAGCACUUCUGAAUCAGUUUUUGAUUAAUAUGCCUGUUGAUGUUGGUCGGUUUUAUAAAUGCAGUGUCUUUUCCAGCUCUCGUUGACCGGGCAUUAAAAUCUUUAUAACACUGUUAAGUUAUAAUAUCAACACGACCUCAUGAUUCCCUCGUGCAGUUGAUGCAGUUUUGGUUGUUUGUUCUUAAUCUCUGUUCAAAAUACGAAUUUAUUUUCAGAUUUUGUGUUCGCGUUAAUGCAGAUUGUCGAUGCUGCAAAAGAGUAAAUGAAUACUUUUGUCCCGCAAAUACAGACUUCACAAAU